AUGCUUCCUUACCAAUCAUUGGUUGAUUGGUCAAAAACGAAGAAGCUUGGCAAACUAUUUGGUACACCAGGUACCAAAACAUUCAAGCUAGUACUGUGUGUAACAGGGAUUGAGGUGGAGGCUAGUAGAGGAAGUCCAGAUAGAUUGAUGAGCUAA